AUGCCAAAAACGGUUGCUGUUUUUAUUAAAUAUGUUGCUAAUACCCCUCCGGAAGACAUAUCCUACUUGCACUUUCUGGACUCCAACAAAGAAGUCAUCAAAACGCUUCCACCAUACGCGAGAACUUGGCAUAAUUACCAUGAAGCCAACGCUUUUCUAAAAGAGAUAGAACAUUUGUUAAAAAUUUUUUGCGAAGG